UCGCAGUCAAUGACGGUCUGCAGUGUUGCCCAAACUGGCAGUGUCUGGCGUCCUGUCUGUCUGCAGGAUGUCGCACAGCACUGCUCACCUCAUUAUUCAGUAUUAGGAUCCCCUGGGUUGUGCUCUACCUUCUGUUAGCCCAUUACUGCAGAACAUAUAGCAGCUUCGAAGACUAAUUGCGACAUGCCUUUUUGCCAUAUUUAACUCGGGAGGUAAAGGAUGUGUGGUAAAGUGCUUUUCAUUGCUCUGGUAAAAACCCACUCCAGUCCCACGUACACGGUAUUCUCCGUGAUGCUCAACGUCAGGUCUGCAGGAUGAUGCUUCCUUUUUUUGCGGCAGGACCCCACCCAGGAACAGACGAGCUAGCAGAAUCUCCACGGAAACCGAGCAGCUGCGACCCUCCCCCAGGAGCGGGACGAGCCAGUUAGUCGCGGUCCGGAAUGAAUCCGUCCCGGAGAGCGCGCGCCUGAGCGAAUGCACCGGGGACGACGGCUGCUCCCCUUGUGCGCGCGGCCCCUGGCCAAUAGUGGCGCUGUACUAUUUCGGAACUGCGUGGGCUUCCAGCGCCGCCCGGGCCACAUGCGACGGGAGGGAGGGGGGUUAGAGGAGGAUCUCGCUUUCUCUCCAGCAUCCCAGCCAACAGGCGCACAGUGACGUACCCGGAAGAGCCUCAGAAGUGUCCAAAAGACAAUGGCCGGGCGGAACAGCAGCCAGCCGUGGAGCCAUCGAGCAGCGCCCCUGUCAGGAGUGAUCCUGCAGGCGCAGGAGGCGUUCCCCUUCCACGACGGGUGGAACAUCGCCUGCUUCGUCAUCCUCCUGCUCUUCGGCCUGGCGGUGCUGUCGCUGGUGGCCCUGGCCUUCCUGUACGAGCUGCUGGACUGCGGCUGCUGCGCCAAGGACACGUCGGUCCGGCAACGGCGGGAGGAGGAGGAGGAGCCGGGGCUGCUCCAGGCCGCCGCGGAGAGCGUGAGCAAGCAGCCCGCGGAGGUGGUGUAGCUCCGCCCUCUUUCCCCCCAGAGCAGGGAGCUCAUUGGCUGGUGAGGGAACUGAGGGGGAGGCGCUGACCUGCUCUUGGGGAUGUUUAUAUUUGCUGGACGCUUUAUUGAUGGUCGGGGCUUCAGAGUACCUGCCGUCCACACGCCCCUACAUUGACCUCCAUCUUCAACCAAAUCUACAGUUUUGUCCCUUUCAGAUUCCUUGUGAUCACACUGUCCCCAAAUAAUUCCUUACGCCCAGCAUAGUCGCUGCAUCUCAUUCCAGGUCACUGCUACUGCAAAACAGUUCUCACACAUCUGAUUUAAUCAAGGUGGGUGUCAAAAUGACACGUGUCCAAAUCAUUUCAACUGACACGUCCAGUGACAGUUAUAUUUAAAUAGAUGGCUCAGAAGAUUAGCGCCUCGGCAGCCGAUAAGUCGGAAAAAAUGCAUAUCGAAAAUCUUUUCUAUGAAAUCUUUUGUUAUUAUCAACAUGCUCGCUAGACUGCAAUGCUUACAGUGGCACCCUUAUAGCUGUGUACACAUGUCUGUACCUUUUCGCUUGGUGAACAACAGCUGUACCCUGAUGAUCUCCUUAAAGAAGAAAAAAAUGUGAUCAACCCAAACUCUUUAUUAAUUGUAUUCACAAUUACUGCACACUGUUCUCUUCAACUUGCCUUAAAACUAUGUAGAUCUGAUUAAAACUGGAUGUGUAAAUAUU